UUUAGUUGUGAAACUAGUCUAAUUUAUUGCAGAUCGCUAGAAAACUAGUCAAAGAUUACAUGAUAUUUCAUAAAAUCGAGAAAUUUAAGUUAUCUUAGUUUAAAAAAAAGUAAAUAUGGCGGAUUCAUCAACCGCAGUAGAGAGCAAGCCUCUUGUUGGACCGAUCGAUGUCGUUCUUCUUGCUUCGUUUAUUGGAGCACUUUUGUAUUGGUUUUGUGGACGAAAGAAAAAAGCUGAACCAGCUUUUCCUCCUAAUCUAAUGCCUGUAAAACAAUCCAGGGUUGCUCAAGAAGAUACAAGUUUUAUUGGCAAAAUGAAAAAGACAGGAAAAUCCAUUGCUAUAUUCUAUGGCUCUCAAACAGGAACAGCAGAAGAGUUUGCAGGCCGUCUUGCUAAAGAUGCACAGCGAUAUGGACUAAAAGCUGCUGUAUUUGACCCUGAGGAAAUUGAUAUCGAAGAACUUACCAGGUUUGGUGAGAUAGAAAAUGGGUUGGCAAUCUUCGUUAUGGCUACAUAUGGUGAAGGUGACCCAACAGAUAAUGCCCAGGAAUUUUAUGAGUGGCUACAAAAUGACCGAGAUGACAUGGACUGCUUGAACUAUACUGUCUUUGCUCUUGGUAAUAAAACAUAUGAACACUUCAAUGCUAUGGGAAGAAUAGUGGACAAGAAAUUAGAAGAGAUGGGGGCGAAGAGAGUGUUUGAAAGAGGAGAAGGUGAUGACGAUGGAAAUAUUGAAGAAGACUUCGUCCGGUGGAGAGAAGAGUUCUGGCCUGCAGUUCUCAAGUUUUAUAACAUCAAUGUUCGGGAUAUUAAAAGGAGUUUGUCUACAUGUAUUGAGCGCCAGUUCAAACUUGAAAUCCAUGAGGAUAUAUCAGAGGAUAAGAUAUUUGCCGGUGAAGUGUCACGGCUGAAAUCAUACCAGCGACAAAGACCUCCAUUUGAUGCCAAGAAUCCCUACCUGGCACCAAUCCGCAUCAAUCGUGAACUCCACAAGGGAGGGGACAGGUCUUGUAUGCACAUUGAGCUGGAUAUCUCUGGUGCUUCCAUCAAAUACGAUGCUGGGGAUCAUGUAGGCAUCUAUCCAACCAAUGAUCACGAGUUGGUUGAUAAAAUUGGCAAAAUGCUUAAUGUUGACCUUGAUACGGUCAUGUCUCUUGUUAAUGUUGAUGAGGAUGCCAGCAAGAAGAAUCCCUUUCCAUGCCCUACCACUUAUCGCACAGCUCUUCUUCACUACGUGGACAUCACUAGUACUGUCAAGACACAUGUCCUGAGAGAACUGGCAGAGUACGCUAAAGAUCCAAAAGAGAAAGAGUUUUUGAUGAAUAUUAGCAACAGCACUGAAGAUGCCAAGCACCAAUACAACGAAUGGAUCGUCAAAUGUCAUCGGCAUAUUGUGGCUGUGCUUGAAGACAUGCCGUCCCUUCGACCUCCCCUGGCACACAUCCUUGAGCUCUUGCCUCGCUUGCAGUGCAGAUAUUAUUCAAUAUCGUCUUCCUCCAAGUUAAACCCCAAAUCAAUCCACGUGACCGCAGUCGUCGUACGCUACACGACCAAAACAGGACGACUACAGAAGGGCGUGGCAACCACGUGGCUUCAAACCAAGAUACCGAAAGGUGAUGAUUGUCCUCAUGUCCCAAUCUUUGUACGUAAGACAACAUUUCGUCUCCCCUUCAAACCUGUCACGCCAGUCAUCAUGGUCGGUCCUGGCACAGGCCUGGCACCUUUCAGGGGUUUCAUCCAAGAUCGCCAUCAUUCGGUUAAACAAGGCAAAAAGGUUGGCGAUACUGUACUUUACUUUGGCUGCAGGAAAAAGAGUGAAGACUACAUCUAUGAAGACGAGUUAUCUGAAUAUGUAAAGGAUGGAACUAUUACACAGCUGCACGUAGCUUUCUCCAGGGAACAGGAAAAUAAAGUUUAUGUACAAAACAAAAUGAAAGACACCAAGGAAUCUAUCUGGAAGAUUUUGGACAAUGGUGGCCAUAUCUACGUCUGUGGCGAUGCAAGGAACAUGGCACGUGAUGUCCAUUCCGUGAUUGUAGAAAUCGCACGUGAAAAUGGAGGAAUGAGUGAAAACGAGGCGAUCGACUUCGUCAAGAAACUGGGUGCUAAAGGAAGAUACUCAACAGACGUUUGGAGUUAAGAUAAUUAUUGACGAUUACUCUUUUAUUUAAUUAUUUUUAAUUCUUACUUUUCAUUUGAUUUUGCUUAUGAUUUAUCAGCCUCCUCCACGCAACUCUCGCUUUAUCAUAUCCAAUUCCUGUGUCGUUUACUGUCCGGACACACUAACUGGGACCACUUGAACAAAACGUAAUAAGUUGAAUAAGUUUUUCUCAGAUAUCUAGGGAUCAUUGCUUGCUCCUGAUUACUUCAAGUUUGACUUAAGUUUGCUUCCAUUGUUUUCACUCUUUUUCGUGACUGGUUAGCUUACUUCAAGUGGCCCCGGUUAGUGUGUCCUUGAAGUAAAGAAGAUUAAGAUUGGAAAUGACUUCUAGUACCUAGUCUCUCUCAUCGAUGCUCAAAUCGAUGCUCAGGGACCCUAAGCCAAAAAUCUGACGGGUUGCAAAAAGCGAGAGUUGCUUGCAAGAUAAACUAGUUUUUAAUUGAGAAAAAAUAUUGAAAAUCGGCCAUCUAUUAUUAAGAUAUUCUGCGAUCUGCGAGUUUUAAACUAAAUUAUUGGAAUCUCAGUGUCCUUGAACGAGAGGAGGAUGUGCAUUUUGAUUGAACAAAAUGAAAAGUGACUGCGACUGAAAAACGUCUGCGCAAGCUCCAAGACCGUAUGCAAAUUAGUCCAAAACGCCUUUGUACGUACUAACGUGCCAAAAUGCCAAAACUUGAUGUUAGUAUUGGACUCCCCAUAGUAUACUUACAAAACGAGUACUUAUAUUCGAAGAAAACGAGUAUUUAUUUUACUCCUCUUGCAAUAUUGAAAAAGUGCAUAAAUACACGCCUGCGCAAACGUUUUUCACGUGUGCUGGUAUUUGCUUACCCAAGCAAGUGCAAGUGAAGCUAUUUUUACACAUGGAAUUAUUAAUUGACAAUGAGUUCAAAUAGAAUAGUUUUAAUAUAAAUGUGAAAUAUCAUGAAAUCAUCAUCAUUAAGUUAAACUUUCAACAAUGGAGGCUUUGCACCAUCACGUGAUGGCAGCCAUCAUCACAGAUUAAUUCACUGAGAGCA